AUGCCAGAAGCCCGGGUUCCUGAAUCGGAAUCCCAGUUGGGCCUGGGCGACCCAGAGUCACCAAGCGGGGAAGGGGGGCGACUCAGCGAAGGCACAAGGCAGCCGCCCGCCGCCCAGACGGCCCGCUGCCCAGACGGCCCCCCAGAAAGAUCAAACCCUGUGCCCCGCAAGCGCCGGGCCGGCCCCCAGGUCCCGCCGCCCCCGCUCCGGCCCCGGCAUCACUCACAGAGCCCGAGCGCCGCCGCCAGCACCGACCACAGACAGCGCCGGCGGUCUGGGGAUGCAAUCAGUGCUCCGGCCCCGGCGGGCGCUGCCAUCGUCCUCCCGCCGCAGCCGCCGCCGCCCUGGGCCCGGGUCCCCACUGCAGUUAGCUAG